CCAAUAUACAUUAGAUGAUUCCAAUUGUGAAGCAUUGCAAACAGUCAUAGAAACAUUUGCAUAUACAUGUGAUUCACCAAUUGUUCCAGAAAAUCAUUUCUUAUAUGACAAGGUUUUUGUCAGAAUGAAUUUAACUUGUAAUUUACCAAUUGAGCAGGUGUAUUAUUCUUGUAAGAUUGAACAUUCACAGAUAUGUUAUUAUUGUGGUGAAGAGGAUAAUCUUGUUGAAGCAUCACAAGAAAUUUUAUCUCAAUUUCAAACAGUAUAUCCCUUAUGCGAAGUUUGUCAAGAAAGAGGAAAGAAUUUUUUACAAAAGGCAAAAUACAAAUGCGAAAAAAGAGACGUAUAUAAUUUUAGUAAAAAUUUUUACAAUAUGUAA